UUUUUUUUUUUUUUUCUUUAUCUUUUAUAAGAUCGAUUAUAUAUAUAAAUAAAUAUAUAAAUACAUAUUCUUUUUUGUCAAAAAUUUUUUUUUGGCAAAUAACUCUCGUUUUUCUAUUAUUAUAAUUUCCUUGACGGAAAUCAUAUAUUAAUAACAGAACUUCUGGUAAGCUCUGUUUCCCCUUUCCCAUCCCUCCUCCUUUUAAUUUUUUAUAUCAUUUUAAUACCACUUAAAGCAUAAAACACCAGAACAAAGCAGCAACAAAAUAAAAAUCAUGAAACCAUCAUCAUUUUCAUUUAUUCUUUCACUCUUGCUAUUUAUUAGCAUCGAAUCUAUGAUUCAAGUAAAUGCUAUGUGUUGGGAACAUAGCAAUCCACUUAAACCAUGGGAGAAAACGAAGUCAACAUUUUGUGGUACGCAAGAUAAGCCAAAAAACAAAUUAACAAUCGAUAAAGGAAAUUCGCUAGCUUCCUUUUUAGCACCAGCUGAUGCAUUUCAAUUUGUUUUCUCUUGUGGAGUUCCAGAUCAAGUUUUAUGUAGUAAAGCAGAAAAUUCAUUUAAAGAAGCAGGAUUAAUUAUAGCAAAUUUAGUUAAUUUCACUACACCUUUAAGAGUUAAUGCUACUUUUACAGAUUUUUGUCGAGACCUUGGUGAAUGUGAUGGUAAAAUUCUUGGAGCAGCAAGUGCAGCGAGAACAAUUCCUUUACAAGAUGAUGAUAAUAAAAUUAGACAAUAUCCACAAGCAUUAGCAAAACAAUUUUUAUUACAACCAGAACCUCAAUGGGGACCUUUUGAUAUUCAAGCUUUUUUUAACGCUGAAGCUGAUUUGUUUUUUGAUGGUGAUAAUACACCAAUUACACCUACUCAAUUUGAUUUUCGUUAUAUUAUUUUACAUGAACUUAUUCAUGGUCUUGGUUUUGCUUCCGGUUGGAAUAGUUAUUUCAGUAGUGAUAAUGGUAAUAAUGCUGUUGCUUUGACUCCUGAUCCAGGUUUUCUCGAGCAAUUAACAGGUUUAAAUGAUCCUGUGACUUUUACUGGAUUUGAAGAAACUGCAUUUGAUAAAUAUAUGGUAAAUGCAAAAAUAAAAACUCAAUCUCCGAAAAGAAUGACUGAUUAUGCGGAUAAAAUAAAUAGUUUUGCUAAAAUUGGUACUAAAUUCCCAAGUGUACAGGCUUUAUUAACAUCAUUUCAAAGAUCUCAAUCAUUUUUAACUUCUAAUGAUUUAAUCAUUGAUAGUCAAACUCCAAAAACUUUUGCUUUUCAACCUAAAAGUGCUAAAACCACAGAUGAUUUAAUUUUUUUGGAAACGAAUAUAAAUCCUUUCCAACAAGGAUCAUCUAUUUCUCACGUAGAUAUUGUAUCUUUUAAUAAUAAUAGUGAUUUCUUGGAAGUUUUUAAUGCUAAACGUGGUCAAAACUUGGAUCAAAUUCUUGCUAGUGUUGGUGGAACUUACCCUAUUGGUCCAAAAUUACAAUCCGUUUUAGAAACUUUAGGGUAUACUACGGCAAACAAUCCAAAUCCAUAUAAACCAAGUUUACCUAAUAGUCCAAAAUUGAAUGCUGCUCCCCCACCUCCAUUACCUGUCGCUAAUCAAAGUGGUAAAAAUAAAAUGUCAACUUCCACCGCUACAUCUUUAAAAUUUAGAUUUAAUAUUUUACCUGUAUUUAUAAUUGUAGUCGUUGUUUUAUUAUUAUAGAUUUUUUGGGGGCGUGUAAAAUUUAAUAUGUUAAUUUAAAGUGUGGAAAAAAAAAAA